AUGCCUGCGACUAGAGAAAACUGCCAGUGUCCAAAAUGUAUUCACCCGGAUACGAUGCAGAAGAUAAGCGACACUUUCUCGAUCCCACAGAAUGUUAAAGUAGAGUCAAUCGAGCACGGUGAUAAUAUGGUCACGAUCAAGUGGUCUGAUAAUCACACGGGGCUUUAUCCGCAUGCUUGGCUUCAUGCACACUCGCAGCCCAUGCCUGACCUUAUAGACACCAAGUCAGUGUCUGAUCCUCAAUCAGAAACGCAUGGCCCCAGGUAUUUCACCCCAGUCGUGGAUCCAGACCAAAGUCCCAGAGUCAAAUAUGAUGAUGUUAUGUCAAACGAUGAAUCGCUUCAUAUUUGGCUAAACUAUAUCUGGAACCAUGGGUUCUGUUUUGUAGAUGACGUUCCUAUCAACCCAGAGGCAACUCAAAUUCUCAUCGAGCGGAUUGCGUUCAUCAGGAACACUCAUUAUGGUGGCUUUUGGGACUUCACGGCCGAUUUGACUUUUAAAGACACGGCAUACACCAACGAAUUCCUGGGUGCUCAUACAGACAAUACUUACUUCACAGAUCCUGCAAGACUUCAGCUCUUCCAUCUACUAUCUCAUACCGAAGGAUCUGGGGGAGAGAACCUCUUAGUUGAUGGAUUUGCAGCCGCAGCUCAACUCCGCAGCGAGAAACCCGAGCAUUAUGCCUCAUUGGUAAAUCAUAGGCAGCCGUGGCACGCAAGCGGGAACGACGACACAUGCAUCCAACCCUCCGCCAUGGCACCGGUAUUCUCAAUGCAUCCGGACUCGAAUAGAAUGUACCAGAUCCGUUGGAACAAUUAUGAUCGGGCACCAAAGAGCAAUUGGUCGAUAUCGGAACAGGAUGUGUGGUACAGCGCUGCGCGCCACUAUAACGAGAUCUUACGGAGCAGAGAAAUGUGGACGAAGCUAAAGCCAGGAUCGGCGCUCAUUUUCGAUAACUGGAGAAUGUUACAUGGCCGCUCCGAGUUUACUGGAAAGAGGCGAAUGUGCGGUGGCUACGUCAACAACGAUGACUACAUCUCUCGACUUCGUCUGCUCAAGUUCGGCCGGAAAACGGUGCUGGACAACCUUGGCAACGUCCAAAAUCAGCCCAAUAAUCCUUAUUGGUUUAUCUAG